GGUUGCCAUGGAGGCUUGGCACGAGGGCGUCACCCCUCGAUCUCCCCAAGCUAAAAAAGAUCGAUCUCCCCAAGCUAAAAAAGAACAGGCUUCGGUUGACCUCGUCUGCGCGGUUUACAGCCGCUCGCGCCUCCUACCUUUGCUCCGCGGCUCACGCCCGCCCUGUCCUUUAUAGCAUCCAUCUCGCCCGCGAGACGUUUGCUUCGUGAUCCGAAUCGAGCGAACCUGUCGAGCUCCUCCCACCCGCGCCGUUCCUUUGCUCGUCGCCGGCCGGCCGGGGGACGCGCCUCGCCUGAGACGAGAAGCAAGCCAGAGAGAGAGAGAGAGAGAGAGAGAGAGAGAGAGAGAGAGAGAGAGAGGAGAGAGGCUUUGCCCAGGCCGGCGUGUUGGCAGAUAGGCCGCCAUCAUGUCUUUCACCGGCACGCAGGACAAGUGCAAAACCUGCGACAAGACGGUGCACUUCAUCGACCUCCUCACCGCCGACGGGGUCUCCUACCACAAGACAUGCUUCAAGUGCAGCCACUGCAAGGGGACGCUCUCGAUUAGCAGCUACUCUUCCAUGGAUGGUGUCCUGUACUGCAAGACCCACUUUGAGCAGCUCUUCAAAGAGACAGGGACAUUCUCAAAGAAAUUCCAAGGUGGUGUAUCCUCAACCAAGAACGACCAGGCAAAAGCACCGAGCAAGCUAUCGUCUGCAUUCUCUGGAACUCAAGAUAAAUGCGCAGCCUGCCAAAAAACUGUGUAUCCAUUGGAGAAGAUGACGUUGGAAGGCGAGUCCUACCACAAGAGCUGCUUCAAGUGCUCGCACGGGGGCUGCAUCCUGACCACCUCCUCCUACGCCGCGCUCAACGGCAUCCUCUACUGCAAGAUCCAUUUCUCGCAGCUGUUCAAGGAGAAGGGCAGCUACAACCACCUCAUCCAGACGGCGCAGAAGAAGAACGAGGCCGCGGAGGCUGCGCCGGAGCCGCCGGCGGAUGCAGGGGCGGCGGAGUAGGAAGCGCCUCCCCCCCACAAGCGGCAUAGAACAACCGUUACCAGUGAAGCAAAGAAAAAUAGAACCAUAUAUCUAUAUACACGAUCUCUGCAAUUUUCAGCUAGUAGUUUGCAAAUAUAUGUUAUUUCCUCGCCUUCUCUUGUUCUGCCUCUGACAGCUUGGUUUUUGUCAGUCUGUGAUUGUAACACAUGCACGUUUUUUUUCCCUGUAUGAGGCUCUGGAUUCAUGACUAUGAAAUGAGAGUACUGGUGUUAACAUUCUUCUUCA